GGAACACAUUACUGCACACCGGCGACCCCCACAGCUGAUCAUCACCAGUCUCUCGACUCUUCUUUUGCAUAAAUGGUUAUAAGAGGUCACAAUGUCGUUUACUGUUGAUGGAACUGAUUCAGACCUCAAUAGUCCACAAAAAUUUACGUGUGAAAGGCACGCCAGCAAACUUUUAUGUGCAUUGAAUAGUAUUAGAAAGAAGAGUCAUUUCUGUGAUGGAUGUGUAUUCAUCGAUGGAAAAGAAAUACCUGUUCAAAAGGGAAUUUUGGCAGCGGCCAGUCAUUACUUUAGAUUGGUGUAUGAUAAAGCUUAUGAUUAUAGCAGUUCUGUUGAGGGAAAGCCAGCUUCUUCAAUGGCAGGUCAUGAUUCAGAAGUUGUGGAUUUGUCCCCUUUACAGAUCACAGUAGACACAUUUGAAAUAAUCUUAGAUUAUUUAUAUACAUCAGAAAUUGUGCUGGAUGAAGAAAACAUACAGAACAUUCUCCAGGCAGCUGAUCUUCUGUUAUUAACGGAUUUAAAACAGGCAUGUUGUGAAUAUCUUCUGAAAUGCAUAACAUCGCAAAAUUGUCUAGGUAUCUGGGAUUUUGCCUCAAGAUUCAACUGCUCUUGGGUACGUUUAAAAACCACCCAGUUUCUUGAGAACAACUUCAGAAAUAUUACCAAUUAUGGAGAGUUUCUACAACUUCCCCUUGACCUGCUGACCAGCCUUUUGUGUACCGACACACUCAAAGUUCAGACUGAGGGGGACAUCCUGGACAGCAUUAUACGAUGGGUGAAACACGACGAGGAGAACAGGAGGGGGCACCUCUCAGAUCUGAUCAAUAACUGUCUCAGGGUGCAGCUCCUCAGUGAAAGCACUCUCCAGGGGUUAGUCGAGAUGUAUCCAGAUAUACACAACUUUGGGAUCCAGGAAAUGAUUCAGAACAAGCUACAAUGUCAGAAUGGGGCUACAGACAAACCAAGGGGCGUAACCAAUGUAUUAGUGUGUGCUGGAGGAGACUCAAGAGUUAUUCAUAAUUUUGACAAAGAGAGUGGAGUGAGAAGGGAUGCUUACUGCUUUUCUGCCACGCCCACUGGAAACAGAUGGUUAGAGUUACCUCCCAUGAUGCAGAGUAGAAGUGCUCAUAGUGUAGUUGAAGCAGGAGGGUGUCUGUAUGCUGUUGGAGGUAAGGACACAGAGGACAGAAUACUGGGCACAGGUGAGAAGUUUGACCCCAAGGUCAACCAGUGGACUCCAAUCAGUCCAAUGAACCAUGCCAGGUUUGGUUUUGGUCUGGUUGCCAUUGAAGAUGACAUAUAUGCCAUUGGAGGCAGCAAUGAUAUCAGAGAACCCAGUACUUCUAUGGAAGCCUAUAACAUUUUUAGCCAUAAAUGGACACCUCUACCAGAAAUGAACCUGAGAAGGGUGUGGUCUGCCUAUGCAGUAGUGGACAAGAAGAUCUAUGUUAUAGCCGGUGGGAUGGUGGGGAAGUUGUACGAGUCAGUAGAAUGUUUUGACACGUGUACCAAUACCUGGUCAUCCGUCUGUCCAAUGAGAGAGAGGAGAUGUGAUGCCAGGGCCGUAGCUUGUAGGGGGAAUAUCUUUGUGUUUGGGGGUGUUAGGAGGUAUGAAUGUCCAAGUGCCAUGCAUGGAGGGAACAAUAUUAAGUUUUGUGGGACAGAAAUUUACAACACUGCUCAAGACAGCUGGCAGCAGGUCCCAAGACAACAGGAGUUUCUAUGCACAAUGAACGAUUCCUCACAAAUAUUUUCGGUGGUGAAAAAUGGAGACGAGAUUUGGGUCAUAGGGGACCUAGAGAUGGGUGGAAGGUUUGAAUGCAUCCGAGCUUUUAAUGUCUGUAGCAGGCUAUGGAGAACUGUGUCUGUGAAUGGUCCACCAAACUUACGGGGAUACCCGUGUUGUAUGUUACGCAUACCUAAACAUGUCUUUAAACAGUUACCUAAUUCUAAACCCCCAGUUCAGUGAUGGCAGAACUGUGUGGUAUAAAUGUAUAUAUACACUCCUCUUUUAAUGUACCCCAGCAUAUUAUGAUGAUAAUUUUUAUUUAAGCUGUUGGUACAAAUGUAUAAAUACCUAGUACACUCUUCUUGAUGUGUACCAGGAAGAUUAUAAUUUCUAUUUAUAAGAUACAGUAAAUGUAUACUGUGCAGCUUCUUGCAGCUUAAAUUCCUGUAUAAUCAUUUUUAUUUUUGAAUUUUAUUAUCCACAUAGGGAAAACAUUAUUGCAUACAUUUUUACAAAUGUAGGAAACGAAAAAAAAAGGGCAAUUUAUGAUGUUAAAAUUCUUUUAUUUAGACAAGAUUUUGUUCUUUUUGUGAAUUAUACAAAAAAAAUUGUAAAUUGGGUACAUUUUUAAUUUUAAGGAAAUACAUGUAACAUGUUUCAUUUCAUUUCUCCAAAAAAUAACACCUUAAAAAGUGCAUGUACAAAUAGAUUUUAUACAGUGAUACCAAGUACAGUUGAAUCUCAGUAUCCGAAUCACUGAUAUCUUGAAAACCUUGGAUAUGUCGAAGAGAUUUUGCAAUCUCCCAUGCAGAGUUAUCCUUCGUUACUCUCUCAGACACCUCUGCAAUGGGCUCACGUCAAUUUUUUUUACAUAACAUAGAAAACGUUAAAUUUGCAGGAUUGUUUCAAAUUAAAUUAAUAUCUAUUGCAAAAGUCAGACAUAAACAUAGAAAUAAAAUUAUAAUGAAUUAAAACAAACACACUUUUUCUUGUAUCUAUCACUGUGAUAUAUGCGAGCAAACGACAGAGGUGAAUGUAAUGAGCUGAUGGUAGAGAGUGGAGAUUUUGAAAUUAUAUUGAAGUAAAGCAUAUUCUCUGAAGAACAGUCAUAUUUAGGGAUCCUGGACUUGAAAAAUAUUACCAUUAAAUUUUGUUGGAGUAUAUUUGAGAUAUGAACGUAAUUUUUGAUAAUCAAAGAGAACACGAACUGUGGUGCUUGACAACAGCAUUUUUCAUGUAUAAUGACGGAGUGUUAGCCCAGGUAGUUCAUGUGCCUAAUGAAUUUUCAUAAAUUUUAUAAAAAUACCUUUCUUUUAUUUACAUUAAUCAUCCCACGACUUGCCACAAAUUAUGCCAUUCAUGCAACUAUCAUUUUUAUAAUAAAAAAGAAAAAAAAGGUUGUACUUUAGAUUUGAUGUUAAUAACAGAAUUAUGAUGUCCCUAUGGAAAUAUUCUUGAGAUUCAGAAAAUGAACUGUUUUCUAAUUCUCAAAGAAUCUUGGGAAAAAAUAUGACUGGAAAUGUAAACCUUUUUUUUUUUUUAAUUAUUUAUUUGUUAGUGCUUCAUAUUAAUUUAUUAUAGGUCAGAAUAAAAUACACAGAACUUCACUGUAUGUGCUUCUGUAGAAGAAUCAAUUGUAAUGAGCAAUGAACAAAAAUGAUUUAUAUCUGUGCAUUUACUAGUAUUGUUCCCAGCUGUGCUGGUAGAAAUUUAAUUUACAGUUUAUUUACCGUAUCAAUUUAUGCAAAAAGGUUAGUGCAUGUACAAUUGCUUUACCACAUAGUACUAUAUGUAGUAGGAAAUAAAGUGUACAAGAAAAGUAAAGUCAUUUGACUUCUUUAUAGAUCUUCUUUUUUUUUUUUGAAUAUG